AUGCGGUCAACGUUUGGAAUACGUUUCAACGUACAGAACAUGAAAGACUACACACUGUUGUACAACAAGACGGACGUACUCUUGCUGGCGGAUAUUAUGGAGAACUUUCGCGACGUUUGCAUGCAGACGUACCAGCUCGACCCAGCCUGGUACUACACGGCUCCCGGACUCGCGUGGAGUGCGAUGCUCAAGACCACCGGCAUAAAACUCGACCUGCUCAGUGACUACAACAUGAUCCUGAUGAUCGGCAAGGGCAUUCGAGGCGGAGUGUCACAGUGCUCUAACCGGUACGCCGCAGCCAACAACCCUUAUAUGGAAGAUUUCGAUGAGGGCCAGCUGACUUCCUACCUGACGUACUUGGACGCCAACAAUCUGUACGGCUGGGCAAUGAGUCAAGACAUGCCGUAUAAGAACUUCAAGUGGUGCAACACCGACAUUGACGUUACAAAAGUUCCGGAUGACGCACCAACUGGCUACAUUCUGGAAGUCGACUUGGAAUAUCCCGAACAAUUACAUGACCUCCACUCCGACUUGCCUCUUGCACCGGAACGUCGAGUACCGCCGGGAUCGAAAGAAGAAAAGUUACUCACCACACUGCUAGGGAAGGAAAAAUAUGUUGUCCACUACCGGAAUCUCAAACAGUAUCUGUCGCUCGGCAUGAAACUUAAGAAAGUCCACAGAGUGCUGAGUUUCAGUCAAUCUGCCUGGCUCAAGCCCUACAUCGACUUGAACACUGAGAUGCGUACGCAAGCCAGGAACGAGUUUGAGAAAAAUUUCUUCAAGCUCAUGAAUAACAGCGUGUUCGGUAAGACAAUGGAAAACAUCCGGAACAGAGUAGACAUCCGACUAGCCACGAAAGACAAACAAGUCGACAAGUGGACUGCUCAACCAAACUUUAAGAGCAGGACGAUAUUCACCGAACAACUAGCAGCCGUUCACAUGUCAAAAACGAAAUUGAUGUUCUAUAAAGCAAUCUACGUCGGCAUGAGCAUUCUGGACGUGUCGAAAACGCUGAUGUACGACUUCCACUACAACGUCGUCAAGAGGCGGUACGGUGACAAAGCCCAACUUCAAUAUACAGACACCGACUCGCUAACGUACCACAUCCAGACGACCGACUUGUACAAAGACAUCAAAGACAUGAUCGAUCUGUUCGACACCAGCGACUAUCCCGAGCUCAACCGUUACAACAUGCCUCGAGUCAACAAAAAGGUACUAGGGAAGAUGAAAGACGAGCUCAACGGCAGAAUCAUGUACGAGCACGUAGGACUUCGCUGGAAAAUGUACUCCAGCAGAUCCGAAGGCGGAGUGAUCAAAAAGUCGAAAGGUGUCAAAAAGACAACGAUAGAAAACCACCUGACCUUCGACGAUUACAAACAGUGUCUGUUCACCUCAGGUAUACAAUACGGUUCGAUGAACAUGAUCCGGAGCUUUAAACACGACUUGUACAGCGUUGAACUCAAAAAGAUUGUUCUGUCGCCUCACGAUGACAAACGUUACAUUCAAGACGACGGCAUCGGGACUCUGCCCUGGGGACACUACAGCAUCCCCGUAGAAGUUAUGGCUGAGCUGGAAAUCCGGUCUGCUCUGUCGACACAGUGA